AUCUAUACCUAAUUUUUUCCCUCUAUCGACGAAACAAUGCUUGGUGAUUGAGGAGAGGUACUUAGGUUCAGUACAUCGAAGAAUAUGGUUGUAACCAAAACAAACCUGAAUCAACAUCUUGAUUGGUUUUUUCGUAAUGGCCCUCAAAAAAUAGAAUACAACAAGCAACCUUCUGGUUCACUUAAUUUUGACAAUGUUUCAAUUGACUGUUCUCAGAAAUCUACUUUGGCACCCAUAAAGCCAGCAAAUCCUCCAAAAUCAAACGUACUGGAUAUGUUUAAUGAACAAGACGCGAUUGAUUUAACAGAGGACAUUCCAAAAUCUCCCCUAUUAAAAAGACAGUCAUCAUUUGGUGAUUCUGAUAAACAUAAUCCAAAGCGAGCUAGAAGUACCAAAACUGUCGACAGUGAAGAAGAAUUUGACGACGUUGAUGAAGAGUUUCUUCGUGCUGCUGAAAUGGAGGCUUUCCAAAAACAACCCGGCUAUGCUCCAACCAUUGCUGAAGACUCACCUUUAUCUGAAUCUGCGUCGAACUUCAAACCUCAUGUUGAUAAUCAACGAAACAAUGAUGAAUUGCUGAACGGAAGAGGCUCAUAUUGUACCCCUGUUGAUCAAAACAAUAAUAACAAUAAUACGCAUACUGUGACCCCGGUUCGUCAAUCUAGCAUACCAGAAAAUCAGCGUUCAUUAACCGCGACACCCAAUUCAUCCUCCAUCUCUUUGGACUUCUGUUCUUGGCCCCGGGACAAUUUACAGCAUUAUUUAGAAAUCCUGAGAGAGGAGAAAAGUGAGCUAAGCGAUAGAAUUAUUGAAAUGAUGGAAAAUGAUCCAACCUCGAUGCGAUUCAAAGAAUGGAUUCCCAAGCGGGAUGUUUUGAGCCGUAAAAUUUCGCUUGUCCAUGAUGCUAUAUCAAACACAGAAUACCCUUUACAGCCUUCUAAUAUUACUACUCCUUCAAAAGAGCAGGAAAGGGAACUUGGACCUACAUUUCCCUCAACGUUUGUGCCGGAAUCUGUAAUUAAACAAAAAGAGUUUCCACAUGCUCCACCUUUCAGUGGCAACUUCACUAAUGAAAAAGUUACUGCUACCCCUACAACUUCAAAAGCUCCGAGAAACUUUACAGAAGAACCUUACGAGAAGGAUAUAUCUUCUACAGAUAUCGACAGUUUUGAGUUUAAUGACGCUGACAUUUCUUUUCCAGCAACUGAUCCCAUCCAGGAUAUUCCUAGUUCUCCUAAUGAAGUCUUGUUGGUAGAUGCCGAUAACAGUGGUUAUGCCAAUGACAAUCAAAAUAUUAAUACCAACGAAACACGACUCGAAAAUGUCCCCCUAAGAGAGAUUAGAAAUGACAGGCUAAAUAUCAAUAAUGCUACACAAUCGAAAAACGAAGAUAUGGACAAAAAUCAUCUCGUUCAACUGCCUCCAAAAACGGAUCCAGCUUUGAACCAUAAAUGGUCUUCUGAGCUCCUUCAUGUAUUGAAACACACAUUUCAUCUUAAAGGAUUUCGGAAUAACCAGUUAGAUGCUAUUAAUGGGACGCUUUCUGGAAGGGAUGUCUUUGUUUUGAUGCCCACCGGCGGUGGUAAAUCAUUGUGUUACCAAUUACCAGCGGUGCUUGAAGAUGGAGUGACUCGCGGUGUUACUCUGGUUGUUUCACCGCUUCUUUCUUUGAUGCAAGAUCAACUUGAACAUUUAAGAAAAAUUAAUAUUCCGUCCUUGCCUCUUAGCGGUGAACAGCCUGCUGAUGAGCGUCGAAAAGUCAUAUCGUUUCUUAUGGCAGAAAAGGUGAUGGUAAAAUUACUUUAUGUUACACCGGAAGGUUUGGCAAGCAACGGCGCGAUAACCAGAGUCUUGAAGAAUCUUUAUGAUCGAAAAUUGCUUGCUCGCAUAGUAAUUGAUGAAGCACAUUGUGUAAGCCAUUGGGGCCAUGACUUUCGACCUGACUACAAGCAGUUAGGAGCGUUGAGAGAUUCUUAUCGGGGUGUGCCUUUGAUGGCUUUAACAGCUACUGCCAAUGAAGUAGUAAAAAAAGACAUCAUAAAUACCCUUAGAAUGGAUCAUUGUUUGGAAUUAAAAUCUAGCUUUAAUCGCCCUAAUUUAUUUUACGAAAUUCGACCAAAGAAAGACCUUUAUACCGAGUUAUAUCGGUUUCUCAGUAAUGGACACAUGCAUGAAUCAGGUAUCAUAUAUUGCCUUUCAAGGACUAGUUGUGAGCAAGUUGCGGAUAAGUUGAGAAAAGAGUAUGGAUUGAAAGCUUGGUAUUAUCAUGCUGGAAUUGACAAAAACGAAAGACAAAGAAUCCAAAGCGAAUGGCAGGCUGGGAAUUAUAAUAUUAUUGUUGCUACUAUCGCUUUUGGAAUGGGUGUUGAUAAAGGUGAUGUACGAUUUGUCAUUCAUCACAGUUUCCCUAAAUCUCUUGAAGGUUAUUAUCAAGAGACAGGUCGCGCUGGUAGAGAUGGAAAGCCGGCGCAUUGUAUAAUGUUCUAUAGUUACAAAGACCAUGUAACGUUCCAACGAUUAAUUAUGAGUGGUGAUGGUGAUGCUGAAACAAAAGAUCGCCAGAGACAUAUGCUUCGGCAAGUCAUUCAAUUCUGCGAAAAUAAAUCUGAUUGUCGAAGAAAACAGAUUUUAGCGUACUUUGGUGAAAGUUUUGACCGAGCACAGUGUUCUCGGGGUUGUGACAUAUGUUGCGAAGAAGCUACUUACAUAAAGAAGGAUAUGACCGAUAUUGCCGCCAAAGCUAUCAAAUUGAUACGGUCCCUAUCCGGAAAAACUACUCUUCUCCAGUUAAUAGAUGUUUUUCGUGGUAGUAAAGGAGCAAAAAUUAUCGAAAACGGCUGGGAUAGACUAGAAGGCGCUGGCGACGGAAAGUCGUUGAACAGAGGAGAUUCAGAAAGACUAUUCCACCAAUUGGUUGCCGAAGGGAUUUUUGUUGAAAAAGUUGAAGCUAACCGGAGAGGGUUUGUUUCAGCUUAUGUAUUCCCCGGCAGGCAGACCCUGUUAAAUGCAGUUAUUGCUGGAAAACACCGAGUCAUACUUGAAAUUAAGCAGGAAUCGUCAAAUUCUGGAAAUGAAAGCCGGAGCUUAACACGCAGUAAUACGCUGCCGAAUAUGACAAAAAAUCAUGCUUCAGCAGUUAAAACGAAUAGCACGACUAGUAAUCACGAGCAGUUUCUAGGAAAUGACGAUAUUUACGAUUCACAAUUAGCUCCAAACAAUAUUAGACGUGAAAUAAUAACUGGUCGCCAAACAAAUCCAGAUAAUUUUUCUGCUAACACUUUUAUGUCUGAAUAUGAGAUGGACAUUAUGAAUCGCUGUUUUGCUGAAUUAAAGGCUCUUCGAAGUAAUCUAAUGGCGUUGAAUGAUUCUAGAGUUGGUACGUAUUUUACAGAUGCAAUGUUAUAUAGCAUGGCCCAAAAGCUUCCCAGAAAUACCACGGAAUUAAAAGAGAUACAUGGGGUUAGUGGUGAACGCGCAGAAAGAGUUGGACCACAAUUUCUUCAGAUUAUUCAAAAGUACAUUGAUGAAAAAGAUCAAAAUUUGGCUGGAACCGAAUUGGACCCCACAGUCGAAAGUAUUAAUGUUGAUGAAUUUGAUAAUAUUGAUGUACUGGAUUUUCAACCAGAAGGUGAUGGUAAUGAUGUUGAUGAAAAUUUUAGCGAUUAUCAGCCUUCAAGUCCUUUAGAUGAAGCGUCGGCUACUCAAAAAAACGAUAUCCUAAACUUUAUGUGUAGUCAGUCUUUUUCCCAAUAUGAACCUCGUCCAACUUCUCAAUCAACGAAUGCUUCUAAUCCAAGUUCGUACAGGAGAGGUGGUUCUCGAGGAGGUCGUUCUACAAGAGGGAGCCGUGGAAGAAGGGUGAUGCCUCAACGCCGCAAGAGACCAGCGAAUUCUCAAUCUCGUCCUCGAAAAGCAUCAAGCUCAUCUAGUUCAUUUAUUCGACCUAUGGUUCGGCAAAAUUACAGCUGAUCAUUAAUUAGUUGACCUUUUUGUUUGAGUGAUUACCAGUCCUUCUUUUUAUUCAAAGCUGUAAUUCUUCCCAUGAAAGUCAGUUUUUGCUCGCGAUCUUUAUAAAUUGCCUUUCAUUAUGACAGGCAUUGGCAGACAUUUAAUUUUCAUCGAACUUUUAGACAGUCCUUCUUUUAGUUUUUAAUUCAUUUAUAUUUAUUUUUUAUUAAAACA